AUGGAGAAUAAUAUCUCAGUCAUUAUUUAUGCAUAUGAAAGCUCCCUCCUAUCUCGCCCCACCAACGGGUAUGCUUCUGCUUCGGCACCAGCCGACUCGAACGGCAUUAUCCCGUCCGGACGGCACGCCGACCCCGAAGCCCGCGAUGCCGGAAACGCCCCGUUGCGCCGCAAUCAACGCCCGUCCGGGCAAGGCACUGGCCUGCCAGGGACCCGGUGGGGCUGGUCGGCCGAUCUCCACUUGAUUCGUUGCAGGCCAGUGGGCCUGCGUUGGCAGACGGUGAAACUGCCGAGGCAGGCCGUCAGGCUGCGCGAUGAUGAUAAUGGAGCUGAAGUUAGGAGGAAACUGGCGAGCGAUGAGAGAUAG